UGUGAUAACUGUUUGCUUGUUCUCCCUCUGAGGGGCGGCGCAAUGGCAUGGGCCAUCAUCAUUGCUCUUUAUAGUAUUGCUGGGGGUAUCUUUCUUCUCAUUCGUGGACAAUUCCUUUUCUUCGAGGCCGAUGAGUGGUAUGUUUACGGCGGUGUCGGUUUGGCUGUGGCUUUCGUUGCGGUCAUCGAUAUCUUUGCUCUUUCCAAUCGGUCUUAUAUUUGGACGCGAGUGUGCAAAUUCUUGUGGCCCUUCAUUAUUGUUAUUUCUGCCGUGAGGGCUAUUCUUAUGAUUGUGGAGCUUAAUCGCGGGCAAGACCAUAUUAUUUGGGAAUGUCAAAACGGCGGUCAACUAUAUUCCUCGAAUGCGACAACUAUAUCAACAACAUCAGAUGAUUCGACCACCUUUCCAGCCGGUUUUUGUGCAGCGGGAUUCUCGAGUAUAUAUGUUGUAUUCAUUGUCUCCCUACUUGUGGAUCUUGUAUUUCAGAUAUACAUGUACUUCAUGACAUGGCGUUACCAGAAGCGACUGGAACAUUACAGCUCAAUGAAAGGUCCUUACGCAGGAGGUAAGCCGCUUUUACAUCCCCUAUUCAACGAUCCUCCUUAUCUGAUGAUGUGUCAAAAGGCUAUUACAACGCGUAAGCGCCCAUUUGUGCAGUCGUGUCGUUUUUGCCCGGUCACCACUUUGGACAUUAUUUAUGGCUUAUAUUGCGCUUUCAUGAACUUUACGACAAACUAA